AUGUCUUCCGGCGGCUUGACUCGACGACGAGGCGGCGGUCGAGGUGCUGGCGCAGAUGACCAAGAUGAUAGUAGCCGGGUCUCAUCCCCCGUGCAGAGGAAUGGCUCCGCGAUGGACAACCGUGGUCCGGAAACAUCAUACACGAGCGCGGAGAACGGUCACAAGAUCGCAUUUGAUCCGCGCGACCUGAGCGAGACCCAGGAGCGAAACAAGCAACCGAAACUCACAUUGAUGGAGGAAGUCCUGUUGCUCGGGCUCAAAGAUAAGCAGGGCCACCUUUCGUUCUGGAAUGAGAAUAUAUCCUAUGCUCUACGAGGAUGUAUUGUGAUCGAACUCGCUCUCCGAGGCCGCAUUAGCAUGCAAAAGGAUUCGUCGCGGCGACGUUUCCCUUUGGCCGACCGCAUCAUCGAGGUCGUUGACGAUACAUUGACCGGCGAAGUCUUGCUGGACGAGGCGCUGAAGAUGAUGAAGUCAAGCGAGAAGAUGAGUGUCAACUCAUGGAUUGACUUGAUGAGUGGAGAGACUUGGAACUUGAUGAAGAUCGGAUACCAACUAAAGCAAGUGCGCGAACGUUUGGCCAAGGGUCUUGUGGACAAGGGUAUUCUGCGAACAGAGAAGCGCAACUUUUUACUAUUUGACAUGGCGACGCAUCCCCUCGCCGAUAAUGGAGCUAAAGAUGACCUACACAAACGAGUGCGCAACAUCUGCACCAACCGCACCGUGAUUCUUCCUCCCACUCCCUGGCUGCCCGAGGAUGCUGAGUUCCGCUAUCUUCGUACGGUAACCAUGGUGUGUGCCGCGUAUGCGGCCAACGUUUUGGAAAAUGCUCUGGUCAUGAUGGGCCACGAGGCCCGUGAGAGAGCCUUUGCACAGGUGGACGAGCUCCUGGCAGAGUACUCACAAUGGCCAUUCGGCCGUCGACCUGGUGGCUCACAGGCGAUUGGAGCAAACUUGGCGCAGGCGAUCAAUGAGGAAGUCAACCGAGGCAACAAAGACCGCGAGCUUCAACUGGAGAUUGUUGCCGCGUGCCUCAGUGUCUUCACCCGACUCGACUCCUUGCUUUAA